AUGGGGACAUCAGCCAAGGAGCUACCUGCUAUCAACAAGUUGAUCAUGCAACAAGGACCAAAGUUUACUCAUGAACAACAAUUGGCAUUGUGCAAGGAAGUUACAACUACUGAAAGUUAUGACAUCUUAUGCUCGAUUGGAGAUGACAAGGCACCCAUAGUUGAUGGGUACAAUGCAAUCUUUUUCAAGAAGACAUGGCAUAUAAUCAAGGAAGAGAUAAACCAAGAUGUUUUAGUUUUCUUCACAACAGGGAAGCUAUACAUAGCACUUAACUGUACUGCCCUCAUAUUGAUAUCUAAAUCUGAGAAUCUCCUCAAAGCAGGCUUCAUACCAGGGAGGAAAAUAGGUGAUAACAUCAUAUUGGCUCAUGAGCUAGUUCAGGCCUACACUAGGAAGCACAUGUCUCCUAGGUUGAACUACUAUAUCUUGGUUAAUGGCGAACCAACUGAACCUUUCGAUGCUGCAAGGGGAUUGAGACAAGGGAAUCCCAUGUCCCCUUUCUUGUUUGCUAUAGCAAUGGAGUAUCUUAGUAGGCAAUUGAACAUCUUGAAGAAUGAAAAAACCUUCAAAUUUCAUCCAAAGUAUGCAAAGAUGGGGAUUACACAUUUUGUCCUUUGCAAAUGA